AUGUCUGGUAGAGGAAAAGGAGGAAAAGGAUUAGGAAAAGGAGGUGCUAAGAGACACAGAAAGAUCUUGAGAGAUAACAUUCAAGGUAUAACAAAGCCAGCUAUCAGAAGAUUGGCAAGAAGAGGUGGUGUUAAACGUAUUUCUGCCUUGAUUUACGAAGAAGUUAGAAUUGUUUUGAAACAAUUUUUGGAAAACGUUAUCAGAGAUGCUGUUACUUACACUGAACACGCAAAGAGAAAGACUGUUACUUCAUUGGAUGUUGUUUACGCUUUGAAGAGACAAGGUAGAACCUUGUAUGGUUUCGGUGGUUAA